CUUAAUCCUUGAAAACUUGAAACCCAAGAUUAUUUAUAAUUUAGCAUAAAUGCCUGUAAAAACAGAAAAUUCAGAAGAAAUGAUUCGAAAAGAAUGUAAAUAUAGUAAUUUAUCGACCCGGUUUAAGCCAUCCUUAGAGUCUUUUACAAAACAAUACUAUCAUAUUUAUUUGACUCGACUUAUCGAUGUGAAAAAUAGAUUGUUGGAGAGAAUUGAGAAAAAAUGGGGUAAAAAAUAUCCAAUUUGUGAACUCGCAAAUGCUGGCGAUCAACCUGGUCUAUGUAUAGUUUUAGGGACUAUUUAUAAAGAACAAAAAUUGAAACCAUCAAUUUUAAAAGAAAUCGCCGAGGAAAGUCAACUUAUUCCACAACCAAUUCGAACACAUUUCACAGAUGAUUCGGAUGUUUUAAUUUUAGAAAACGAACAACAGCGUGUACAAUUACAUGAAGGUUUAAGCGCUCACGAUAUUGUAACGGGCGUUCCAUGUGCCAUUUUAGGUAGUGAACUUAGUUUAGGACAAUUUAAGGUUGAAGAAUACGUGUUUGUCGAUUGCUCUGAACAAAUUGAAAGGCCAAUAUUCAACGAUGAUCGAUUUGUUGUGUUUAUUUCGGGCAUCGAUAUGGCAAAUCAAACAGAUAGUUUAAUGGCGUUACAGUUAUUUAUCGAUUGGGUAAUUGGAUUAUCUGCGAAUAAGGAUCAAUUGAAUGAAGUUUCGAAAAUUUGUCGUGUGAUAAUUGUAGGAAAUUCAAUUCGUGCAUCCGCAGAUAAUAAAGUAAAAAAAUCAUUAUUGGGUAAAGGAAAUGAAACGGAUGAAACAAUUAACGCUGUUAAAUUAUUCGAUCAAAUGUUAUCAGAAUUAGUACAGUGUGUACCAGUGGAUAUUAUGCCUGGUGAAUUUGAUCCAACAAAUUAUAUGUUACCUCAACAGCCCAUGCAUUAUUGUAUGUAUCCACAAUCCAGUAAAUUUACAACGAUUCAGGGAGUUACAAAUCCAUAUGAAUUCGAACUGGAUGGGUUUAAAUUUUUGGGCACUUCAGGUCAACCAAUACAAUCAAUAUUAAGUUACAGUAAUAUUGAAGAUCCGUUAGAAGCGUUACAACGAUGUGUACAAUGGGGUCAUUUAUGUCCAACAGCACCAGAUACCUUAAGUUGUUAUCCAUAUUAUUCAAAAGAUCCAUUCAUAAUAAAGGAUUGUCCGCAUACAGUAUUUGCCGGAAAUCAAGCAAAAUAUCAAAAUAAAAUUUAUAAAGGACCAGAAAAUCAAGAAGUUCAACUUAUAUGCGUACCAGAAUUUGCUAAAACCCAAACAGUUGCUGUACUCAAUUUAAAAACAUUUACCACGUACCCAGUAUCAUUUCAAGUUGGUUUAUAAUUAAUGAUUAUCGAUAUCAAUUUUAUAUUUUCAUACUUAAUAUUGUAUAUGAGAUCAACAAAAAUAAUAAAACUAUUUAAA